UCUCUGUUCCUCUUAUUCCUUUUCUUGCCUUUUACUUAACCUUCUAUUUCUACUCCUUCUCGCCCGCAAUGCCGGACGCUAUCUGUUGCUUCUCCACUGCAUUCUGGUUGGAUACGGAUGAGUCCAGCAAGUUGUUUUUGGACAAUAUUCAACCAACGGAAGGUGAAACAUGUUUCAAGCAAUGGAGAACAGGUACAUGUAAAGACAGGAAAAUCCAAUGGUUCCCCUAAUGGAAAGAGUGAAGAUUUAGCUGCAACUCGGAUUCAAAAUGCAUUUCGCUCAUUUACGGCCAGAAAGAUUGUACAUGAUUCGAAAGGGCCAGAGAGGUGCCAGGAUCUAAUUCAAGGUGAAACGGCUACAAAACAAGUGUUAAGCUUCAUUCAUUCAUGGAGCAGAAUGCAGCAAGAAAUUAGAACACGUAGACUCUGUAUGGUCACAGAAUAUCGAGUCAAACAAAAGAAACAGGAAAAUCAGCUGAAGCUUGAGGCUAAAAUUCAUGAACUUGAAGUAGAAUGGUGCGGUGGAUCUGAAACAAAGGAGGAAAUACUUUUCAAGAUUCAGCAUCGAGAAGAAGCUGCUGUGAGAAGGGAGCGUGCUAUGGCGUAUGCAUUCUCUCAUCAGUGGAGGGCCAAUUCCAUCUUAGAUCUAAAUCCGGCUUCAUACAGCCUUGACAAAGAGAACUGGGGUUGGAGCUGGAAGGAGAGGUGGAUUGCUGCUCGGCCAUGGGAGAUCCGAGCUAAUACACAUCCCACCAUUCCAAAGAAGGUGCAGACGAAGCAAAGAAGCAAACUCAAUGAAAUAACAUAUCAACCGGGGUCUAAGGUCUCAACCUCAGCCAAUCAUUCUUUGUCAAACAAGGGGAGUUCAAAGGCUAGAAAUUCAUCUAUGCCCAAAUGAAACAAGCUACAAGAAGCUGAAGGCCUUUUCCAUAUAUAAUCAGUCAACCCACAAACCACUGCUGACAAAUUCAGUGAAAUGAAUUUGGUAGUUCUCACGAUAAUUUCACUCGGCUUGCUUUGUAGUGUGAAUCUCUAUUAUUCUUCCCAAUAAGAGAGAAAACUUCAUAUUUUCCGUGAAAAAAACAUGCUUAAUGUUCCAUCAUUUUCUUCCGCUAGGCAUUUCCUUGAUUAGUUUGCUAUUCUCAAGAAAAAAGAUACAAGGUUCAUGAUCUAA